UCCAAACACACACACACACAUAAAAUAUUCACAUCAAAUUCUCAAUCUCCAAACACACACACACACACACACGCACAAUUCUCAAUCUCAAUGAUGAAAAGAACUAUUUCUAUCAUCAAUCCCUACAUUUUAGCCCUUUCAACACUAUUAGCCUUCACAAAUUGCAUAUCAAGCUAUGAUUCACUAGGCAUAGACUCAAUCAAGAAUGCAACUUCAACACCAAUGGCUCAAUUCCAACCUACUCUACCAUACCAAACUCCUCAAAACUACCCUCCAUUGUGCACAUAUCCGCCGCCGUCGGCGUCGACGCCGUCCACAACCGCCGGCCUCCCGCCGCCCACGCAAGGCCCCCCAACCCCGCCGGCGCCGGCCUCUGCCAAACCCGGCCACGCGUCGUGGUGCGUGGCGAAGCCCACGGUGCCGGCCCCGACAAUCCAGCAGGCGUUGGACUACGCCUGCGCGUCGGGUGCCGACUGCCGGCCGACUCAGGUCGGCGGCGCGUGCUCCCAACCGGACACCGUGGUUGCACACGCUUCCUAUGCUUUCAAUAGUUAUUGGCAAAAGACUAAAUCGAUUGGUGGAACUUGUGACUUUGGAGGAUCGGCUAUGAUUGUCACGGUUGAUCCAAGUUAUGAUCAAUGCCAUUUCCUCUCCACUUGAAGAAUAUCACAAGACAGAAUAAAAACCUCAAAUCAAUACAUAUAAACAAAAUCAAGGAUCUAUGUUAUUUCUAGCUUCAUUAAUAUUUGAAUUUAAUAAUAUCUUGAUAUGUGUUUUAUGUCAUUGCAUAGAAAUUCAAAAUUGAUAAUGUACUUAUUAAAAGAACAGUAAAAUCUCUAAUCAUGGAACUUUAUUAAGUUUAUUAAAGAGUGUUUUCUCGA